UUCAGUCUGCGGAGUGAAGUGUGCAACACGUAUGCUGUUUACAAUCAAAUAUUAUUAGACAUGGUGCCCGUCACGAUCCUGGAACCGGCUGUCAAGUCGUACAUAGCGUGCUCCGGAAUACUAGCACUCAAAGUAUUAGGAAUGUCAUUGUUGACGGGGCGGAUGAGAUACAAAAAGAAAGUCUUCGCUAACGAGGAAGACACAAAAUUAAAGGAUUCAGUUGUGAAAUACGACGACCCUGACGUGGAGAGAAUCCGCCGCGCUCAUUUGAACGACCUAGAGAACAUUCCAGUGUUCUGGGUUGUAGGUGCGUUGUAUCUUACGACCGGACCGUCUGACGAGGUCGCCGUCAAUCUCUUUAGAGUUUACACAGCGGGGAGGAUCCUUCACACUCUUGUGUACGCCGUGAAGCCUUUACCACAACCGGCCCGAGGCAUAUGUUUUGGUAUUCCCUUUUGGAUCACUAUUUAUAUGGGGGUAAAAAUUGUUUCCCAUUACAUUAAAUCUGUUUAAAAUAUACUUUUAGUGUAAUUAAAUACUAGUUUAUCCUAAUUAGAAUAUCAAAUAUAAUGUUUCAAAAAAGAAGCUAUGUAAGUCGUGACAACCAGUAAAUAUUUUUUUAUUAUUUAUUAAUUUCCUUACAAACCCGUACAUCUGUGGAAGUGCAGUGGAACUAGAUAUUUACACAAAACAUUUAUGCAGUUGUAUGUAUGUACAGAGCCAUCUUACUGCGUCUAAGAUUAUAUUAGCGUAAUAUAUGUACCUACCUUCAGUGUUCUCAAACUUUGCAUUUUUAACUUAAAAUCAACAGUUAUACUUUUAAACCUACUUUAGAAAAGGGAUUUGUAAGAAUUGCAUACUUUUCCUUCUUCUAGAUUCUAGAAUAUAAUGAGAAUUGAAAUCGUAUUCAAAAAUAUAAUACUACUGCAAAAUAUAAACAAAUAAAGACAUGAGAAUGGUUUUGUAAGAA